AUGUAUUUAUGGAAUCCUGCUAUAGGAGAUUACAAGCAAUUGUCAACACAUGUUAACGAUGACAUUAUCUAUAUCCGUGGUUUAGGGUUUGGUUAUGUUCGUAUUUCUGGCAAAUUCAAGGUGCUGGUAAUUUCACUGAGGAUUCCAAUUCAAGUUGAAGCCACUGCCACUGUGUAUACAGUGGGGACAAGUUCUUGGAGAAUCAUCGGAGAAGUUAAGUACCCUGUUUUGGAUUUAAAACAACCACAGGUGUUCGGAGGUUGUCCCCAUUGGAUUGUACCUAGUUUGAAAUCCAUUGUUUCAUUUGGUAUUGGAAAUGAAGAAUUCAAGAAAAUUUCAAUGCCUCCUAUUGGUUAUACUAUAACAAAAAGAACGAAUUUGACUGCAUUAGUAGGUCAUUUUUCUAUAUUUUGUGAUGUAUUUAAAUCAAAACGUUUUGAAUUAUGGGUGAAGAUGGAUGAUGGAUCGGAGAAUACUAAUUGGAGAAAGCAACUCUCCCUUAAUGAGUCAUACAUACCUGGAGAUUAUUUUGUGAAUGGAUAUCGAGAGAGAAAGUUGUAUGGCUUCAAGAACGAUCAGUUUUUACUGCAGAACAACAGACUAGCUUUAUUUGACCCAGUGACGAGUCGUUAG